GCAAGUUGCCUUUCCAACGUUUGGUGAAGGAGGUUGCACAGGACCUCAGUGGUGCGGGUCCUUGCCAGGGACGAUUGCCUGCGUUUUCACCAAACAUGGACGACGAGCGUUUUCAGGGACCUAGGGACGAAUGUUGGAACAUAUAUCAACACCCUGCUUCGUCUUUGAAAUGGGCCACGGCCAUGUUCGACUUUCGGGGUGGUUGGAGGGUGCAAUUGAUUGGGAUUUGAUUGGUUCAGUUGUAGUUCGAUCGGAGCGGGGUCGCGCGACGAAGGGCGCCGGGGGUCCGAAGGGACGCGAGGUUUUUUUUCAGUGGCGAAGGCCAUCGAUGAAACGCCAUCUGGUAGGGAGCAAGGCGGUAUAGGAGCUUUAGGGAAUUACCUGGACCCUGGAAUUUUAAAUACAAGUGGAUUUCUUCACACCUCCAUGGAAUUCCAGAAGCUCGGAAUGCCCCAGUGGACAACUCGGAAUGCCACAGCAAGGAAUGGCGUUGGAGUUCACGUGAGCUUUCACACCUUUUUUCCGGUUCUGUUUACCUCAGCCACAUCGGUCGCGAGUGAAAUUCUCAGGUGGAGAUUUUGUUCAUUCGAUCUCAUCUCAGUCUGUACACUUUUGUUGCACCUCCCAGCUUUUCAUGGAUCUACAGUGGGUGGCCCUAUGUAGAGACGGCAUGAGAUGGCCACUUUCUCCGGAUUUUACGGAUCUUCAGCACAGCUGCCGAAGAACACGCCGAAGACGGCCGCGCGGGCAACGCACCUAAAACGGAUUGGAAGGUCCACUUCAACCAAUGAAGACCUUGAAGGACGACUUUGGAUUCCCUCACGAAUUCCAGUGGAGCGAUUUCCCCUGAUCCUUCGCCCAGCGACCCGCCGCCGGCGCUGCGGUUUGGGCUCCUACCCAGCAGCCCGGCUGCGCCGCAGAGCACACACCGCACCAUGCCGCCGAGUAGCCCGGGCGGAGUAGCACCGUGUGGACCGCGCCAUGAUGGUGGAAGUGGCUUCAACUCCUUCUGCGAAGGAGUACACUCAAAAAAUCAGUCGAUGCGGUACCCAGUGGCUCCACGCCUUGCAGCUGCUCCGCUCCGCCGCGCGGAGUCGUACAACGCGCCUGGACGUGGCGGUGUACAACGCGGCGAUGAAGUGCUGCGACCGGAGCCAACAGUGGCCGACGGCGCUGCACUUGUUCGAAGAGCUGCAGGAGCGAUUCCAACCGAGCAUCAUCAGCUAUAGCACUGCUGCCAGCGCCUGUGCCACGGGCGCCGCCUGGCGCGCCGCCCUCGCCGUGGCGCGGUCCGCGGCGCGUCUCUCCGCGGCGGCGGACGUGGCGGCGGUGAAUGCGGCCAUCACGGCGUGCCAGCGAGCACAGCGGUGGGAGAGGUCGCUCGACCUCUUCGCCGCCACACCACGCCCCACGGCCAUCACCUACGGCGCCGCCCUCGCCGCCGCGGGCACUGCGGGCGCGUCGUCCGCGUCCGGCGCGUGGCGGGCGGCGAUGGCGGCGGAGCUGCUGGAGGGCUGCCGGCGGAGAGAGGUGGAGCUGAACGUGGUGAUGGUGAAUGCAGCGAUCGGGGUCUGUGAGCCCAUCUGGGAGCAGGCGCUACACCUCUUCCGAUCGCUCCUCCCGCGCGGCCUUCGCCCCAGCGCCGUCAGCGUCAGCAGCGCCGUGCGCGCGCUGCCGCCCCUCCGCUGGCGCUCCGCGCUGGGCGCGCUGGGCGCGGAGGAGGCGAACGUGGCGGCCGUCAACUGUGCCGCGUCGACCGUGGGCUCGGCCCAGCGCUGGGUUCAGGCGCUGGAGCUCUGGACGUGCCUGGCGGCUGCGGCGCUACGGCCGAACGCCGCGACGCCGGUGGCGGUAUUGAAGGCUUUGGAAGAGAAGGCGGUGCGGGGGCGUGGCCUGCGGGGGCGUGGCACGGAGGAAACUGGGUGGUGGGCAGUGGUGCGGUGGAAUGGAAUGGGUGUUAAGCUGUUGGAAUAUGUUUUUUUGAAGUUGGAGAGUCGAUGAGAAUCAGCAGAUUUUGGAAGAUCAGGAGCAGUUACGAGUCCAUUGUGAUAGCUGCGAUCCAAGAAUCAUUCAACCGGUUUUGUCACAGGUGGGCACAAAAUCUUCGUAAGCGCUAAGACAGGGUAAGACAGGGUGAUUGCAGGGUGUCCCGACGACCAUGGCUUCUUGAGACCGCUUUCCAACGGAUUUUUGGUGGCAUGGAGCCCUGGGGUCUUGUUUGGAUGUGUCUUCUGCGUGGGAGCCGGCCAUUUGGCUACACAAGACAGCGGUGCCCGUGAGCGCCGUGGAGCGCUGGGCCGUGAGCGGGAGCUGCUGCACUGGCUUCGUGCGAGAGUGGUGCAGAGCUGUUGAGAGCGGGGAGGGAAGAGGACCGAGGAUCCGAGAAGUCGGAGAACAUGUCCGGGAUGGUCCAGAAUGGUUGAAGAUAUUCCCCCCAAGUCCGACUCCCCUUUUCUUUUGAUAUCCAAAAAUUAUCAGAAAACCUUCUAUUUGACAUUCUCGGAGUGUGAUGUCGGGUGAUGCUGUGAUGUCCUGUGCUGACCUUGCCUUCAUCCAUGCUGGCGGAGCUUUGCAGCUAAUUUCUGGCGUUCGACGGUCUUGGCAUCCUUCUCAGCUUCUUGACUUCAAGACGACGCUCGGCGCAAUCACCUGGCCCUCUGGCGCAAUCCCUGGCCACCAACCUGCCCAGUUUUCGCACGAACGACGACCCGACGCCCGCGGUACACCCACGGGCAGCGCACCGCAGCGCAGCGGGUCGAAAUCUCCCUAUAGACUCGCUGCUUUGGGAGCUGACUGAUGAAGGUAUGGCUGCAUGUCGACGGCCACAAGCUGAGCACAUGCCAAGGUGGCAGAUUGCUUUCUGGAUUCUUUUUUCAUGACGCCUGCGAUGUUCUUCGUGACACCUCCUGAGCCAGAUAUCGCUGCUCUCCGACGCCUAUCCCACCGAGGUGUGAGAAGCUGAAGCGCUUCAGCACCGAGUGCAGGCCCCGAGUGCAGGCGCCGCGGUCUGGGGGGGCGCGUGUGCUCCGCUGGAGCUGGUCAUGGUGGGCCUGGCCAGGAUGAUGGGUGAAAGGCCGCAGCGGUUCACCGGAAAUCAUCGCUCGUGGCGCCACGUCGCCGUCCGGAUCGAACGAACGCGCCAGCAGAUGCGUCCCGGACUUCGCUGCCGGCGGCUUAGUCGUGGGACAGCACUUCUCCGUUCCGAACAGCACGUCUCUUCGCGCCCCUUUCGCGCCGACCGCCGGCGUCGAGCUGGGUCGACCGACCUCCGCUGAUCACCAGCUGAGCGGCGGGAGACGACGAGCGGCCGAAAGCGGCCGAAAGCGGCCGCUUCGUCCGGAGUCCGGGAGUCCCGCACUUCACCGGAACGAUGGAAAACCA